UUGAUGUCAUUAUAGGAGGCGUGCAAGAGCGACCUGGUGGAGCGAAUGCCCGCCCUGGAAGGUCCAUUUUCGGCUCUCCAUCCCCUGAAGCUGACAAAUACCUCAUUUGUCAACUGCAUAAACGAUCCACCAGGACCUGUCUUGUUGGGCAUGGAAAAUGUGAAAAAAACGCCAGAAAGAAAACCUGAUUCAACUGGAAGCGGUAGUUCCAAAAUGGUUGUAAGGCACCUGAAAUUCCUCGACUCCUUGAAGACUUCUGACAAAGAGAAUUUCCUCCCAGCUGUAAUGAAGAGAAGUAGAGAGAAGUUGUGGACUUUCAGCCAGGUGGACUUUCAGCCAUCUUUCAUAGAGCCAGCUGUAUCAUCUGCCUGCAAAGGCUUGUGCCAAGGAGUUGGAUUCAUGGAAGCGUACGACCGGGCAGCAAACGUGGUGGCCCCAAAACAUCAAGAACUCAGGAAAGAGGAAGGGUUGCACACUCUACUGGUGCAGAAGCUCAAUACGGACAGAGACGAACUAAAGAAAGUAACUGACCGCCUCCGGGACCUGAACGAUGAACUUGAAUCACUUAAUAACCGGAAGAAAGAACUUGAAAACAGCAUUGAGGAACGCUCUCAAAAUCUGGAAAUUGCUGAAAGGAUGAGCUUGGGAGGAAAGGAGGAUAGGGGCACGGAAGCAGCAAGCUAUAAUCUUUCCAUUAUCAAGGUGUCUGACUCCACUUACGUAAGGACUUUGGAGAACGCCAUCCAGUUUGGAACCCUAGUCUUGCUUGAAAAUAUCGGCGAGGAAGAGUUGGGUGCCAUCUCAGAGCCAGUGCUGCUAAUGGCAACUUUCAAACAGCAGGGUGUAGAGUACAGGAGACUGAGAGAGAACGUUCUUGAGUACUCAAGCAAUUUCAAGUUUUUACUCAAUGGAUUUCUAGUGGAAUACUACUUGGAGGAGUCUGGCCACGUCACCAAGGAGCCCAUGUCUCUGGUUAUGUUGAAACAGGUAGAUUUUAAGGAAAUUUGUAUCUGUUUUCAUUAUCUGCCAUAUCUGUUGCAAGCUCAGUAUUAUGAACAGAGACUGAGAGAGAACGUUGUUGAGUACUCAAGCAAUUUCAAGUUUUUACUCAAUGGAUUUCUAGUGGAAUACUACUUGGAGGAGUCUGACCACGUCACCAAGGAGCCCAUGUCUCUGGUUAUGUUGAAACAGGCUGCAGUUUCUGAUGCCAAGGAACAGCUAGUGGGUGCAGAUGAAAAGGAAGCCAAUGAAGCGGCCGCUAUUGCCCAGGGUAUUCAGGAGGAGUGCGAGGGAGACCUUGCCGAGGCAAUGCCAGCCCUGGAAGCUCCCCUUUCGGCUCUCCAUACCCUGAAGCUGGCAAAUACCUCCUUUGUCAAAUCCCUACAGGAUCCACCAGGACCUGUCAAGCUGGUCAUGGAGAGUGUGAAAGAAAAGCCAGAAAGAAAGCCUGAACCAAGUGGAAAGGGGGGAUGUUUUUCAGCCAACUGGGAUUGGGAACAGCCAGCCUUUAUAGGCUGGGGGCAGACCGGAGUGAAGCCCCAUCCACUUAGCCUGGCUGUAUUGGCCACCAAAUGGAUGGUGGAAAAGCCUGCCAAUCCAAGUGGCCGACAUAGGAAUUCCCCAGCUGACGGCCAUCUUGUCACAGCGUUGCUUCCUGGGGGUCAGAGCCUGCCACGAUAGGCCACAACAGCUGCCCAGCCCGUGUCUGGGUAAGCUGCCAUUCUCUCUGACCACCUCCUUGUUAGUAUUUUGUGGGAGGGAUUGCAGUGUACACUGGAGAUUUAGGUUGGCGCAGUUAAAGUGGAUUAAAGUGCUCUGUCAUCCAGCUUGCUCCUUAAAGUCCAGAUAUAAUCUAACUUCUGCAUAAGCUUUGUGCAAGCAAAUCAAGAUGCAUGCCCAAUAAGUGGCUUGUCGGGUGGAGCUCACUGAUCCAGUUGUUGACGAUGCCUUCUCUCUAAGAGCAAUCUUCAUCUGCUCUUCUUUUUUAAAUAGAUGACCAUGUCCACUCUGUGGCUCCUUGGUCUUUUCCUAUUCGCUGUGGUGCGGGCCAUGGUUGGCCCCACCAACUCUUGAUUCCAGAGGUAGGUUGAAUUUGGCUUAGGCAUUGGAGGGCUGGCGCAUGAUAGAGUCUGUGUAACAAUAGCAGCAACUCCCCAUCCCACACACCACUUUCAAAUUACACUGCAAAAGUAAAGGAAAAGUAAAGCAAACUUUAGGGAAGGCCAGGAAUGGAUUUUCUGUGAAAACAAAUUCCUAGGUGGAAAAACUGCAGUCAGAGGCAGGGAUGGAAGGCUCUGUCAGUUUCAGUUCUCUUUCAGUUAGUCUAAGGCUAUCAGAGAGUUCCUAUGACUUUCCAGUUUUGUUGAAUAUGAACUCUCAUCAUUCUAUUAUAAUUAUUUUUUAAAAAUAUAUAUAUUGUAUUCAGAUUGUUGCAUUUAUGACCUUUUUAUUGACAUGCAAUAUUUUAUGAAUUGUUGCAUUCAA